GGCCGGCAACCAGCUUCUGGACCAGUUCCAGCCCCUCUACUUCGCCGUCGCCUUUGAAACACCGCGGCCCAAGAAGACGACAGCAGCCGCCGGAGCAGGCGUGAGAGGCGCCGGGCUCGCCGCUGAAGCCGGGACGCUGGUGCUCCUGACGCUGCGCCACCUCUUGGGGGUCAGGUUCUGCCCGCGCUGCCCGAACUGCGCGACUUCGGGGCAGCCUUGCAGCGACGCGUUCGGGAGCAACGCCGUGGCCGGCGGCGGCGUGCUGGGCAGAGUUGACGCGGUGUUUGGCUCCAUCGAGUGUCAAAAGAGCGGAGCCCUCCACGCCCACAUGCAAGUGUUCGUCCAGUGCCGCCAUCAGCGCGGGUCGCUGGCCGGCCUCCUUGACUUGGGUAAGCCCGAGCUCCGAACCUUGCUGCAAAGGUAUGCUUCCUACACUGCCCAUGUCCGGCGCUCCGUCUACUGCGACCCGGACGGCUGGGAGCGCGAUCGGGCCGCCGCGGAGGAGGAGUGGCCGGAGUACAAGGACUGCGCCUUGAUGUUGAGCCGGCCGGCCUACCAGGCGAGCCGCCGGCUGCGGCCCGAGGAGUGGACGCAACGAUACUUGGCGGAGGACGUGGAGCAGCUGCAGCAGCGCAAGCAACAUCAUGUGCAUCUCCCUGCCGGCCCAGGCGGCGAGCGGCGGCCCCGAACGGCUCUGGUCUGCCGCGGCUUGGCCGAGCAGCUGGACCUGCCCGUCAAGGGCAAGCGGAGUUCUUUGGGCCUGCAGUGGGGCCCGGUCAACGACCCGAACCUCAACGGCAACCACCCGGCGCUGCUGGCGGCGCUGCGCUGCAACGGCGACCUCCAAGUGCCUUAUCGGUUCCCCGUGACGAAGGAGACCCACGACGACGCGCUCUGCCAGGAGGAGACCUGCGUCGGCGAGGCCGCCCAAGCUGGCUACGGCUGCGACUACAUGAACAAGCGGCUGCCCAUCGCCGUGCAAGAGCUCAAGGAGUGGCAGCGCGGCCAUCGGGAGCUUGGCGAAGACUUGAAGGACAAGCCCGCCGGCUACAUCGGGGCGAGGGUGGCCAAGCGGCUGACCACGGACUGCUACGCCCGCGGCGUCUGCCGCGGCGCGGUGGAGUGCGCCAAUUUGACCACGCGCCAGGCGGGCAACGACCCCACGGCGGCCGAGUCUCUCAGCGCGGCGGCCGCCGGCGAAGCUUGGCCGGCUGAGCCGCGACAGCUGCGGACAGACGCGCGGCCGGCGGCUCAGCGAGGGCGCGUGGUCUCCUGCCCGUUCUGGACCUUCUACGGGGCGCGGGGGCGAGCCGCCGAAGUCCGCGACCUCUGCGCCUUCGAGUUCGCGCGUUUUCACGCCUCGCUGACGCGGGCUGGGGCGGCGAAGCUUGGCGCAAACCCCAAAGCCGUCUUGCUGCCCGGGGCGGACUACGAGAUCCACGAGGAAGGCGGGGAAGACUGGCUGCCGCUAGGGCCCCACGUCCCGGUUGUCCAGGGCGCGCUUGGCGGUCGCUCGGAGGAGGACUACGCGAAGCGGGUGCUGCUGCUCUUCUGCCCUUGGACGAGCCACCCCGACGACGCCUCGGCCGCCGCGCCCUUCCUCGCCGACCUCUGCAAGUUCGGCAAGUCAGACUGGCGCCGCGCCCUCCGACGGCGGCUGAUUCUCCAAGGCUUCCCGACCGAAGAGGUCAAGCAGUUCGCGCUGAACUUUUGCUUCGUCUACUGCCUGCCGCGGGAGCUCCGGCCGGAACAGCACUUGCAAGAGAACAGCGACAACGAGGUCCAGGACGAGGGCGUGCGCUUCGACAAGGCGGACUUGGAGGCGGCUCGGGCCACGCACGUCCGCGGCGCGGGCAAGCUGGGCUCCGAGAACUUUGACGAACAAGACAGUGAGCAGGAGGACGCGGCCGCGGCGACGCGGCUGUGCGUCAUGACCAAGCAGAUGUUCGACUUGUCCCGGGCCGCGUGGAGGAAGAGCGGGGCCGACGCCUCGCCCGGCCAAGGCGCGCAGCGCAAAACGAGCAGCUUGACCAACGCGCUCGCCUGGGCGCCCGCGCUCGCGGCGCAGCCGCUCGGCCCGCCCGUGACCGCAGACGCGCUGUUGGACUGGCUGGGCAGCGAGCGCGUCCGGAGCGGUCUGAACUCCACGCAAUGGGAGAUGCUGCGGGUGGUGGUGGAAAGGGUUCUGGUCGAGCUGGAGCUGGUGCCGCCGGACCACGAGAUCGCUCUGCGGCGAGCCGAGCCGCUGGCCUGGCUGCUGCACGGCCCGCCGGGCACUGGGAAGUCCCACGUCCUGAAGUUCCUGCGGGAGUUGUUCGAGGAGCAGCUUGGCUACGCGCAGGGGAUCGACUUCGAGGCCGUCAACGCGGCCGACAUUCGCGGCCGGACCCUCCACAACGCCUGCGGCCUUGGCGUGGACGCGGCCGCGCUGGACUGCGCCGUGGGCCAGGAGGCGGCGAAGAGAAUGAGCUACUGGAGAUGGCUCGUCGUCGACGAGGUCAGCAUGGUCAACGCGCGGCUGCUGGCGCAGGUCGAGCAGCGGCUGCGGGCGGUCGUCCCGUCGGCCAGCCAGUGGAAGCGCAACGCGGCCGGGGAUUCGCGGGCCUUCGCGGGCGUCAACGUGCUGCUGCUCGGCGACUUCUACCAGCUGCCGCCGCCGAGCGGCGGCUACCUCGCGGACGUGCCCACUAAGACCAGCCGCGGCGAUUGCCGACAAGUUAUAGCACCCGACAUCCUGGCGGACCUAGUGUGGGGCGGCGCCCUGCAGGGUGUGACGGAGCUGGAGGAGCGCUGCAAGGACGCCUGGUGGAACAAGGUCGUGGACGAGCUGCGGCGCGGCGACUGGCGCUACCUCCACGGCAAGCCCGUCGAAGGCUGCCGGUUGACCGCGGCAGAGUGGGCGGCGGCCAUUGUCUCCAACAACGACGCCAAAUACCAGAUCAACAAGGGCCGCGCCAAGGACUACAGCCGCGCGGCCGAGUCGCCGCUCCGCUGGUCUGUGGCCCUGGACGCGCCGUCCGCCGAGGUUCUGCAGACGCAGGAGUGCGACAAGACCGCGCGGAUCCGGUGGCUCCAGUAUCACGACCGGGACACCGAGAACCUCUCCGGUAGCGCCGGCCGCGUCCACUCCUGGGUCUGGAAGGAGAACGACCUGCGGCCAACCUGCAUCUACGUGAAGUUCGACGGGGCGACCUGGCAGCUCGACGGGGCGCCGGAGCCGGGCCUCUACCCGGUCUACCCCGUCCGCAAGGUCUGGAAGCUGGACGCCAAGCGGAAGAAGCCGGUCCUCAAGAUCGCCCGGACGCAGCUGCCGCUGGCCCCGGCCUACGCGAUCACGGCCCACGGCAGCCAGGGCAAGACGCUCCCCGCGGCGCUGGUGGACUUCAACGUGGACAAGCGGACCGACGUGACCUUCGGGACCGUGGCUGCGAGCAGGGUCCGCUCCAGGGAGGAUGUCUUGAUCUUGAGGCCCUUCAAGCGCUGGCUCUACACCCGCGGCGCCGGAGGGUCCGGCGCUCCUGCUGAAACAACUGCGGGGGGAGUCCGAGCCAACCAAUCUGCGAUUUGCCUGGCCUGCGGCCCUGGCAAGGGCGAGCAGAAGACGCUGAAGCGGAAGCUGCCCUCCGGCCUGGCGCGCUUGGAUUGCCGCGGCUGCAAACUCCGGAAGUUGGAGGACGCCUUCCCGCGGGCGCAGCUCCAGCAAGACAACUCCGAGGCGCGGCAAGGGGCGAGGCCAGCGCUCCGCCAGCGGUGCUUGAAUUGCGCCGCCCGCGGCUCCCGGGCGAAGGAUUGCCACUCUUGUCGCAAAUGCGGGAAGCAGUGGAUCGAGAGGCAAGCCGUGGGCGCGAAUCGCCAGCGGCGCUGCCCAAAGUGCAGGACCAAGUAA